CAGACCCUUAAUCAACUGGCCUCAGCUGGAAAAGAAGAAGGGAGGGCCAUGGUGUUCUAUGGGAAGUAUGCUGCUGUUGCUUUUGCUAUAUUGUCUGUAUCACUGAAUAUUCUACAUUCAGUGCCGGAGCGAGAGUUCAUCACUCCAGGCUGCCCUGAAUGUAGACUAAGCUUGAACGUGCGCAUGACGGAGCACCUGUUCAAUGGGCGACCUAUUUAUCAGUGUGCAGGAUGCUGUUUCUCAAGGGCUUAUCCCACUCCCAUGAGAUCUAAGAAGACAAUGCCGGUCCCAAAGAACAUCACAUCAGAAGCAACAUGCUGUGUGGCAAGAGCCUUCAAACAGGCUCCCAUUCCAAAUCAUGAACACACAAAGAUAGAGAAUCACACAGACUGUCACUGCAGUACUUGCUACUAUCAUAAAUCUUAAGACCUUGGUGAAUGGACUGCCGAUGACAACGAAUGAUUUUAUUUUAUUUGCUUUCAUAGCAGUAUUGUAUAUGAUCAUAACUUUUCUGAUUGAUCUUACCUACUAUGAUAUAUUCCCUGCUGUUAUGUUUCCUCUUUACUUCAUCACACAUUGAGUGAAACAGACAAAUAUGUUUCAUUAUUUCUCCUAGAAACCAAAUAUAGAAUUUUGCAUGACAACCAAAGUCUUGUUUAUUUUGUACGUAAGGUGUGAAUUAAUGUAUAACUGUCUUCUCUGAGAAAGAGGAUGCUAUACUAAUUUGAAAUAAUUUCUCACUCCAUCUGCAGAGAAAUAUGUUGCAUUCUUUUCUUUUAAAAAUAAGACAGUUAAAUAUAUUAGGAUUUGUGGAUU